AUGGCUGAGGCCUGUAUUUCAGUAGAUCAGCUUUCAGUUGAUCAGUUCAUCUGUCCAGUGUGUCUGGAUCUCCUGAAGGAUCCGGUGACUAUCCCCUGUGGUCACAGUUUCUGUAAGGUGUGUAUUAAUGGCUGCUGGGAUCAGGAGGAUCAGAAGGGAGUCUACAGCUGUCCUCAGUGCAGAGACACUUUCACUCCAAGGCCUGUUCUACGCAGAAACAACAUGCUGGCUGAAGUGGUGGAGAAACUGAAGAAGACUGAAGUCCAAGCUGCUUCUCCUGCUCACUGUUACACUGGACCUGGAGAUGUGGAGUGUGAUUUCUGCACCGGGAGAAAACACAAAGCUGUCAAGUCCUGUCUGAUGUGUGUAGCUUCUUACUGUGACAUUCAUCUUAAACCUCAUCUUGAACGUCCAGCUUUAAAAAAACACACAUUAAUUGAAGCCUCAGCAAAUCUACAAGAGAAGAUCUGCUCUGAACAUGAUGAAGUGUUGAAGAUCUACUGUCGUACUGAUCAGAGAUGUAUUUGCCCUUUGUGCAUUUUGGAUAAACAUAAAGGCCAUGACGCUGUAUCAGUUGUAGCAGGAAGAGCUGAGAAACAGAGUGAGUUAAAGGAGGAGCAGAUGAAAUUCCAGCAGAGAAUCCAGGAGAAGCAGAAGAAGGUGCAGGAGCUGAAACAGACUGUGAACACUAUAAAGCUCAGUGCACAGACAGCAGUAGAUGACAAUGAGAGGAUCUUUACUGAGAUGAUCAGCUCCAUGGAGAAAAAGCGCUCGGAGGUGACGGAGCUGAUCAGAGCUCAGGAGAAGGCUGAACUGAGUCCAGCAGAACGACUCCUGGAGCAACUGGAGCAGGACAUUGCUGAUCUUCAGAGGAGAGUCACUGAGCUGGAGCAGCUUUCACACACACACGAUCACAUCCAUUUCCUCCAGGCUUUAGCUUCUGGAUGUCAGUCUCCUCCAUUUGAAAGACCAAAUUGUGACACGUCCAGCAUCACUGUCCCUCAACAUCUGUCAUUUGAUGGAGUGAGGAAUUCUCUCUCAGAUCUGAAGAAGAGACUGGAGGAAUUCUGUGAGGAGGAAUUCAACAAAAUCCCUCCACAUGCUGCAGCAGUUCAGAUCAUUUCACCACCAGAGCCACAGAGCAGAGAAGAGUUUCUGAAAUAUUUCUGUUAUCUGACUCUGGAUCCCAACACGACACAUCCUCACCUCAUUCUGUCUGAGAAGAACAGAGUGGUGAGAGUCAGUGAGAGAGAGCAGCAGUACUCUGAUCAUCCAGAGAGAUUUGACUACUACAGACAGGUGUUGUGUAAGGAGAGUGUGUGUGGACGCUGUUACUGGGAGGUGGAGUGGAGCGGUGAUGUUGUGUACAUAUCAGUCUCAUAUAAAGACAUCAGCAGGAAAGGAUGGAGUCAUGAGUGUUUGUUUGGAUUCAACAAUCAGUCCUGGAGUCUGCAAUGUUCUUCUUCUCUCUAUUUCUAUUACAACAACAUUGAGACUGAUCUCAGAGUUCCAUCACCCUCCAGAAUAGGAGUUUAUGUGGAUCACAGUGCAGGAACUCUGUCCUUCUACAGCAUCUCUGACACCAUGAAGCUCCUCUACAGAGUCCACACCACAUUCACUCAGCCUCUAUAUGCUGGGCUCUGGGUUGGUUAUCGAUCAGAAGUGAGGUUGUGUGAUCCAGAAUAAGAUGUAUCUGGUGUUUUGUGGUCAGUAACAAGUAGAAAUUGUAUCACAAAUGAUCUUAUAGAAAAGUGUUUAAUUUCAACAAGAUUCCACAUUAUAGAGAGAUCGUUCCUGAGCACCAAAGCACUAAAAUGUAAAUCUAAAACACACACACAGAAUAUUCAUUCUUUGUAAUGUGGUAUUUUUUUUAAUCCACAGACACUUACAAUAUCCUGGUUGUGUAAGUAUGUACAGCUUUAUAAUUGGGGGUGUGUCUGUGUUCAGAAUAAACCAAUCACAUUCAAUCUCAUGUACAAAAGUAAUUAUCAUCAGCUGCAUCAAUGAAAUGAUUCUGAUUAACUCCAAAUAAAGAAGCUUCUGUGGGAUUUUCUUCAAAUCUUAUUGUCUUCAUCAGAUGCAUUAAAUAACAGAAGCAGCUUUGAUUUACUGGUAUAUUUAUCUUUAUAAACUUCUGACACAAAUAUGAUAUGAAACAGAGAGAGAGAGAGAGAGGAAACA